AAUGUGCGGCGCACAUUGUGCAGCCCCGGAUCUGAGGAGGGAGCUGGCCGCAGUCACAGCACUGACUCUAGUCUCUCUCUGUCCGAAGCCUGUCUCUCAGUGUCUUUAACCUCUGCGCUGCACACCCGCAUUUCACCCGCAUUUCACCCGCAACAGCAGCAGCAGCAGCUGGACAAGCGGUGAGCUGACCUGAAGAAAUCUGAAGGAUGUCCACUCCCUCGGAGCAACCCUUCCUCCUCCUCACCACCCUGCCCUCCUUCACUCCAUCCACACCGGGAUUUGAGGAUCUGUCCAAUGGCACCACGUGUCAGGAGUGGGAGCAGACCCACCACGUCCUCUUCCAUCUGGGGAACCUGUCCCUGCUGCUGGGCCUGGUCAUCCCGACCACUGUGGGUCUGCACAUGAUCCUGCUGCGCCUGAUGCUGAUGACAGGUUGCGGUCUCUUCAUUUUAUGGGCGACUCUGUACCGGUGCAACAUGGACGUGAUGGUUUGGAAUGUGGUGUUUCUGGUGAUCAACUUCAUGCACCUCUUCUUUCUCCUGUACAAGCGAAGACCUAUUAAGAUCGACAGGGAGCUGCGCUCUGUCUACAAGCGGAUGUUUGAGCCCUUGCACGUGAAGGAGUCUCUAUUUCAGAGGCUCACGGGUCAGUUCUGCACCAUUCAGACUCUGAAGAAAGGUCAGGCCUACGCUGCCGAGGACAAGACGUCCGUGGACGAACGCCUCAGCAUUCUGCUCAAAGGAAGGAUGAAGGUGUCGUACAGAAGCCAUUUCCUACACAACAUCUACACCAGCUCCUUCAUUGACUCUCCAGAGUUCAGGGCCACAGAGAUGCACAGAGGAGAGAAGUUCCAGGUGACAAUUGUUGCAGAGGAGAACUGCAAGUUCUUGUGCUGGUCUCGGGAGAGGCUCACCUACUUCCUGGAGUCAGACACUUUCCUCAAUGAGGUGUUCCGCUACCUUAUCGGCAAAGACAUCACCAAUAAACUGUACUCUCUGAACGACCCCACACUCAGUGACAAGGCAGUGAAGAAGAUGGAGCGUCAGCCCACCCUCUGCUCUCAGCUGUCUAUGAUGCAGAUGAGGAACAGCAUGGGGAGCACCAACGACACCGAUGAUGUGCUCAACCAGAUCCUACGAGGAGGAUCUACUGGUUCAUCCCUCCAAAAAUCACCUGCCACCAAGGCAUCCAAGAUGAACCCAAUAGAAGAAAGUAUGGAAGAUGAUGUUUUCAAAGAAUCUGCUCCUUCUAAGUCCGCCCGUAUGCCCAGCACUUCCACUGAGGAAGUGUAACCUGCAGGUGACAAAUGUAUAUCAUCGAAUGUAUACAUGUUAUGUCCAGCUUGCCGCGUGACCCUCAAAGGACGAGCAGGAUGGAUAAUGGAUGAAUGGAUAUUUACUGUAACAGCCCCGAGCCUGACUGAGAAACGUAAUAGCGGGUGUAAAAGAUGUUUGUGUGCAUCUAGAAUGCAUGUCGUCACAGCAUACUUUGUCUUCCACAGAGCACUGAUGAGUUUUUUCCAUGCUGUAAAGCAUCAGCACAUUUCCUGGUCACAGUUAUUUUUUAUUUUUUUUUUAAAGAUUGCAUUUAUGUGAACAAACAAUACUGGUCAGUUUAUUAUUAGAUUUGUUUAAGUUGCAUUGGUUUGUUUAUUUGACCCAAUGACUUGAGAAUAGCUGAAACAUCAGGAUCACCCUCUGGUGGCUGGUAGAAGUAUAGGUCAUAAACCCAGCCACUUCAUAAAUUGGUGGAAAAUAAAACAUUAGAAUACAAGAUAAUUCUAACACAUUUCUACUAAACAUUGGCUUUGACAUUUCUUCCACUUUACAUAUUAGGAUCAUUUGUGGGUUAAUCAUAAAUAGUGAAACCUUUCACGUCACAUAUACAAAUUCAUAUUGUUUAUAUCAAUUUUAUGUUCUUCAAAUGGUCACAGUAUGUGGAAAUUACAAUUGGUCUCAUUAUUCUCCAUUAGUCAUUAUUAUCAGGGUUCCCACAACUAAUUAAUAGUUAUAAGGUCCUAUUAAUUCAGAUCACAAUGAGAUUUAUUUCUGGAGAAUAUAACUAGUGAGUCUUUUGUCUGCAUUGAUGCGUCACUUGUUUUGUGUUCUUUGAAUAAUGUAACAGAGGUUUUUCCUGAGAAGAUAUUUUAUUUACAGUGUGUUUAUGCAUUCUUCAUAAAUGUCUGAACCACAAGCCAUUGCACUCUGUGUGUUCAAUAAACAUUUGGUGUGUGUA